CAUGUUAACCAGUCACCAGAUAACACGUGUCAAAUUAGGCGAAACGAUGAGCAGAGGGAGACUAUAUAAACCACGUAGGUGAUAUAGUGAACCAGAGCGUAUAAGUUGAGUCGUUUUCUUCUCCUUUCUCGUCGUCACUCUCCUGCGUACUUGCUUUUUUCUCAGCUCGAAAGUUCGUUACAGACGGCGAUUCAUCGAAACAGAGUCUCUCGCCGGAGAAAUCGUACUUGAAUCUUUUUCGGCUCUUCGGUGAACGAGAAGAUGAGGAUAUUUGUCAAAACGCUGAAGGGGGAUCGCUUCGAGAUCCAAGUCAACCUCGAGGAUUUGGUUGCUGAUGUGAAGAAGAACAUAGAGACUGUGAUGGGAGUUACUGCUGAAGAACAAAUGCUUAUUCACAAAGGGAAAGUGCUUAAAGAUGAAACAACAUUAGAGGCUAACAACGUUUCCGAGAAAAGCAUUAUUGGCGUUAUAAAGAGAAAACCUGCAUCUACCGCAACGUCUACCUCAACUGAGACUCCUACUGAACGUGCCUCGGCUGGUGCAUCAUAUGUGGCCAGUGAAAGAGUUUCAGAGAGUAGCAUUCAGAAGAUUCUUGGGAUGGUCGGAGGAGGCUGGGAUCGUUACAUGGUUACCUCUGCACUCUAUUUGGCAUAUGAUGACGUUGAUAAAGCCUUGGAAUAUCUUUACUUUGAGCUCCCGGGGCAGAGUGAAGAUCCUUACAUAGCUGAGGGCACACAGGAUCAAACUCAAGAACAUGAAGCUCCUACAGAAGCAGACGAGCUACGGUUUUUUGAUUUCCUCAACGGCACUCCAGAGCAAGAGUAUCUAAGAGCUUUGGCGCGAUCAGACCCUAGUAUCAUAAAGGAUUUUGUAGAGAUGCUAGAGGAGCAAGAUCCGCCAUUGUUUGUGUUGAUUCAAGACAACAAAGCUCUCUUCUUGCGCUUACUACUUGAAGUUGAAGGAGGAGCAUGUGGCAACGAAAUGGAUCAGGCUCAUGAACACCAAGCAGUCCAGACCAACGAACCAAACAAUGGAGGAGAUGGUGACAACCAAGUGGGAGGAGAGUCUGAGGAAACCAAAGUUGAGGAACUCCAAGCAGACCAAACCAACAAACCAAACAACGGAGUAGAUGGUGGCAACCAAGUGGUGGGAGAGUCUGAGGAAACCAAAGUUGAAGUCGCCAACCCUGAGGAUAAUGAAUUGAUCGAACAGCUGGAAGCACUGGGAUUUGAGAGAGGUGAUGCAGAGGUGGCGUACUUCGCCUCCAACAAGAACGUACAAGAGGCUGCGAACCAUCUUCUCGGUCACAAGCACGAGUCUCAAGAAUAACACCACUUAACCAUGAGUUUCUUUCUUGGCUCGUAGUGGUUGCAUAUCUUUUUUUCUAUCGAGAACCAAAUGUCAUUGUUCUGUAACCUGGUUUCUUUUGCUCUGGUUGGUUACACAGUUGGGAUGAUUGAUGUGUAUACUACAUUUCGCUUCCAUCUUUUGCUCUGGUUUGUUGUUGAUGUGAAAGUUAACUUGGAAUACUUUUCAAGAUGAUUACAAAUACACGAGUCAGUGAUGUUUUUUUGUUUAAAUAAAGAUGGAAUUAUAGCACCACAUCUAUAGAUACUUAGAGCAGCAUUAACCGGGGAUCUUAAGCCCCGUUUUUUGUGUUUUUUUAUUUUUAAAAAAAUUACCUAAUUAAUUAAGCGACAUUGCUUAAUUUAGGGUCAGAGGAGGCGUAUCUUGUGGGACGCGUGUCACAAGCUGGUGUUUCUUUCUCUCUCUCGAAAUUCAUCGUCUCUCCUUCUCCCGUGACUCCUCGACGACUCCGUCUUCCAGCGAUGAUCUCUCUUCGACGAUUCGAUCGAUUAUCUCUCUUCGAGGGAAUCAUCCGGCAUCUGUCGCGGUGGAAUCGCCGUCUCUGUCUCUCUCCUCGAUGGCUCGGACUCUCUCUCUCUCUCUGUCUCCUCGACGACUCCACCUCUCUCUUAUUCUCCUCGGCAACUCCGCGACUCUGUGACUCCCUCGCUCUCCUCGAUGGCUCGCCUCGUUGAAGAAUCUCUGUUUGACAGAAUCAUCCGGCGUCUGUCUCGGUGGAAUCGCCGUCUCCGUCUCUCUCCUCGACGACUCCGAGUCUCUCUUUGUCUCCUCGACGACUCCGCCUCUCUCUUAUUCUCCUCGGCGACUCCGCGACUCUGUGACUCUCUCGCUCUUCUCGGUGGCUCACCUCGUUGAAGAAUCACUCCAGCCCGUAGCUCUCCUCGAGGAAAUCAAAGCAAAAGGUAAAGCUUUAGGCCUUUUAGAUGUUGAGUUGAAUGAUGUUUUAUGUGCCAUGUCUGAGAUGAAGCUUGAUGCCUUUUGAUAGUGAUCAGAUUAGUUCAGAUGAGGUGUUUAGUUGGGUGAUGUUAUCUCUGGUAUGUCCUCGGUAAAGUUUGAUGCUUUUGAUAGUGAUCAGAUUAGUUUAGAUGUUGAGUUGAGUGAUGUUUUAUCUUUUAUGUCUGCGGUAAAGCUUGAUGCUUGUUCUCUGCCAAUGUUUAGUGUAAAGCUUGAUGCUUUUGAUGGUGAUCUGAUUAGAUUAGAGGUAAAUGCUUGAAUCUAUAGUGUAAAGCUUGAUGCUCUUGAUGUAUAGUGUUUGUUUAUGUUACUGUCUUUGUUUCUUAAUCUUUCUCAUGUCUGAAUCUUUCUUGUGGUGAUUUUGUCUCUUGUAUUUUCUUGUCACAUGAACGGAUCAAGAGACAUGUGAAGGUCUCUUUAGAUGGACGGAUCAAGUCACAUGAAGCUUGUUCAAAGAAGAGGACUACAACUGCAAUACAGCAUUGUCACGGGAAGUGAAGGAGAGUAGCAUUGUCACGGGAAGUGAAGGAGUGGAGUCAGUCUCAUGUCAAUAAUCUUGAAGUCUUCUGAUCUGUGUUGUAGUCAUGGGAGUGUGUUGUAGUCACGGGAGUGUCUUGUAGUAGGGACUGUCUUGUAGUAGUGUUCUUGUAUUCUUGUAGUCACGGAAGUCUGUAUGUCACUUUCUCUUUAUUUUUAUCACAAGUCUGUAUGUCACAAAAUUUUAUAAGUCACCUUCUCUAUAUAAUUGUGAUCACAACUCU